UUCAGUGCACAUUUUGAAUCUUUAGGAAACAGUGGAGAGCAGUUUCAUUUGGAUCGCGCUCCCUUGUACAGCGAUAUAGCGAUCGACGCAAUUAUAUGUUUAUGUGCUGUUAUUAGUCAGAAAGGAUAAGAGAAGGGCAUUUACUUCUGAAACAUGAGGAAGAGUGAGGUGCAUGCAUCAGAAUCGGUGGCGUGCCUGAAUAAGGCGCUGAACCACUUGAAGGACAUUUGGGAGGAGAUUGGAAUUCCCGAAGACCAGCGACUACAGAGAGUAGAGGCGGUUCAUAUGCAUGUCAAAAAUCUUUUGGAUAUGAUGAUUGCUGAAGAGGAAGGACUGCGGAAGAGGCUGCAGUCCAGCAUUGAGACUUGUCGCCAAGACCUGGAAGUGCUUCGCAAGGAGCUGCACCUGAAUCCCUUUGAGGAGAAGGAGGGCAGUACGAUGUUGCAGCUAGAGAAAGACAUGAGGACGUGUCUGAAGUCAAUGAUUCAACAGAAGAGCCAGAGAAUCAAAGACCUGAAUGAACUAAGAAAACAGGAUAAGGACCUGUGUGACAUCUUGUGCACGGGCCUCUAUGCCAUCGACACGGACGCCAUUCCUUCCUCACAAGAGCUUGAUGGAUACCGUGGUCACCUCGCCACUCUCAGGGCAGAGAGGAGCCGCCGGCAUGCAGAGUUUGUGGGCAUUAAGAGACAGAUCCUCUGUUGCAUGGAGGACUUGGAGCUGGAGCCAGACACCAGCUUUGAGCGGGAUGUUGUGUGUGAGGAUGAGGAUGCCUUCUGUCUCUCCACUGACAACAUCUCUGCCCUCCAGCUGCUGCUCAGUCAGCUGGAGAAGCGUAAGAUCGAGAAUGAAGCCCUUUGCGCUUCUUACCGCACGCGCAUCCAGGAGCUGUGGGACCGACUGCAGGUCCCUGCCGAGGAGAGGGAGAGUUUCAGCGAGCACAUGACCGCAUCCAGGAAGAAGAACAGAGAAGCCUUAUCAACAGAGGUUCAGCGUCUGGAGGAGCUGAAAAUUCAAAACAUGCAGAACGUGGUUGAGUCUCUCCGUGAAGAAAUGGCCCAGUACUGGACUAUGUGCUUCUACAGUCCUGAGCAGAGAGAAGCCUUCACCCCGUACUACAGUGAGGACUUCACCGAGGAGCUUCUGAACAUGCAUGAGGUAGAGAUGGAAAGCUUGAAGAAGUACCACGAGGACCACAAAGAUCUGUUCACUGGGGUUAACCAGUGGCACCAGAACUGGACCUUAUACCUGGAACUGGAGAAAAAGGCAACUGACCCAUCCAGAUUUAACAACAGAGGUGGAAAUCUCCUCAAGGAGGAGAAACAGAGAGCUGAUCUACAGAAGAGUCUGCCUAAGCUGGAGAAAAGCCUUAAAGCCCAGAUUGACCAAUGGGAGCAGGAGCAGGGGCGGGACUUCCAGGUGAACGGGAAGAAGUUCUUGGAGUUUGUGGAGGAGCAGUGGGAACUGUAUCGUGCAGAGAAGGAGAGGGAGAAGCAAGAGCGGCAAAUGAAGAAGAGCAAACAGACUGAGGAGGAUAUGCUGUAUGGGACCUUGAAGACGCCCACCAAAAGAAGACUGGCAGGGACCCCCACGCCAGGAAAAACCCGCAAAAUGAACACUACGUCCAUCAUGUCCACUCCCAAUACCACACUGCGCUCAGCAUAUGGAGGCUUGGUGUGCCAGUCCCCAGUCCUGAGACCACCUCUGUCUACCAGCAAGGUUGGUCUUGCGCUGCGCACCCCGGGGCGCGGUCGAACCCCCCUGGGCCUGGAGAGGAACAAGGAGAACAUGUCUCACCUGGGGGGAUCCCUGCGCACGCUGCCUGUCAGCCCCCAGAGGAACUACAGCAUUAACUCCGUCGCCAGCACAUACUCUGAAUUUGCGCGUGAACUCUCCAGUGCCUCAAAGUCCCAUGUCAAGAAAGGAUCGCUGAACUCCACCAUAACACACUGACGGCUGAAGAGACUCCUCUCCGCUUGCCCUUUUAAAUGACCCACAUGAAGGAAAAUGUAAGCGGUCCAUGAUUCUGCUGAAUGUAAAUGUUUUUUUUAAAAAGCUUUUAAAUUGUUUGUAUAUAACACUAUUAGUUGACUUGCCAUCUUUGUUUCAAGUUCUAAGAUCAAUCUACAUGCCUUUUGAAGGAAAAAUGUAAGCCAUCUAUUCUACAUGAUUCUGCUGCAUGUAAAUGUACUCUUAAAAAGCUUUGAAAUGGUGUGUAUUUGUACAUAUGACACUAUUUGUACAUUCUAUGCUUGCCUUCUUUUGUUUUCUUUAGCAAUUUAGUAUUUAAUCAGUCAACCCCUUGCUGAUCAAUUCUACUCUAUAUUUUUAGCAGUGGUGUACUACUGAGUGUGUGUGUGUGUGUGUGUGUUAGGAUGGGAAUUAUGAGUGUGGCUUUCGGCACAGUAUGCUGUAUAUUUGGAUUUACUGUAUGUGCUCCACCAGAACUGUACUGAUCUUUGAAGAUUAUACUCCUAAGGAUCUUUUUGCUCUCUUUGGGCACAGAAAAUACCCCAAAAAGUUUGUGAAGUAAAUUCAAUACCAAACGCUCCAAACACGAGUGUCUAAUAUAAGUGUAAUGGGUAUCUUGCUAUGGCCAUAGAACUAUGGUUCAGCUCCAUGUAAAUACAGGGAUGAGCAACUUGCAAUAAAAGUUUAGGUGUUCCAGCGUUCAGUCCUACUGCCGUCUUGUCUUUUCUGCAUGUCUGUUAUUGCCUUCAAUCCUGUGACUUUAACGGCCGUGCCAAGAACAAAACAUUGUGCUUCAUCCUACUGUUAGUAGUGGCUGAAAAUACUGGUGUUAGAUAGAUGGUUAAUUAGUUUAGUAAUAAAAAAAACA